CCUGAAAACCUCCAAAGUUUUCACAGCCUGUUGCUUAUUCAUUCAGUUCAGGAGUAAAGCCAUCCAGCAUAGAGAGAGGGAGAGAAGGAGCAAGCAAGCUGGAGAAAGGAACAUCCUUGCUGAGGACAUAGCAGCAAUGUGAAGAACACUCCCGGGGAAGCCCCGCAAGCCUUUGCAAGAUCUGAAGUGACUCUUUUCUUCGUCUCUCAUCUCUCCAGCCGACUGGGCAUAUAUUGGCUGCACAAUGCAGCCUGCAGGCAAGCUGUGUCGCUUAGAGCGAGCCGGGAAUGGACAAAGUUGGAUCUAUUAACAUCAGGAAACGGGGACGGAGGCUUUGGAGAAAGAAAACAGUUACCUGGCAGAGAGCACUCAGGCUGCCUCCCCCUUUGGUUUUGUUUUAAAAGAACUAGUCAUUAAAGGAGCCCUCUUUUCUCCUUGGCCACCAUGACGGCUCGUGGCUUUUGGGACCUGUGGGCUCUGAUGGGCUGCGGGGUCUUUCUGCUGGCCCACGGGCAACAGCCACAGGGCAGCAACGAGCGGUGGAGGCAGAUGAUCCAGUGGGAGAACAACGGCAGGCUGUACAGCCUCUUGAAUACCGGGUCGGAGUACCUGCCCGCUGGCCAGGAGAGAGCAGACAGCACCACCAGGGUCCUGCUUGCUGAUACACCCCGGACCCAGGGCAGAAGGGCGCAAGGGAAUGUCCGGAGGCAAGCGCCCACCUUGCCAGUCAGAGCAGGCUCUGACACUGUCCGAGGCCAAACGCGGCACCCGUUUGGCUUCGGCCAAGUCCCAGACAACUGGAGGGAAGGAGCUGUUGGAGACGGUGGCAACUCCCAACGGGUUAGGCCGUCCCCGGCUCGGCAACGACAGACCAGCUCUGCCUCGUCCUCCUCUUCCUCGUUUGCCUACUCCUCCUUUGGGCAGCCCUCCUACUCCCAGUUCCCCUAUGCCCAGCCCCCCUUUGUGAACCAGUAUGAGACCUAUGACCCCCAGGUGCCCCGACUCUAUGAUGAGGGGUACAUGUACUACCGCAGCACAGGGACUGGAGGGGGUGCUGUUGCAUCGGCAGCGGCGGGUGCCAGCGUUAUAUACCCCUUCCAGCCCAGAGUAAGGUACGAGGAGUACGGGGAGGACCAGAAUCCCUACAGAGCCCAGGGGUACUACCCUGCUCAGGAGAGACCCUACGUCCAAGUGCCCCACCAGCCCCAACCCCAGCCCCAGCCCCAACCCCAACCCCAACCCCAGCCCUCCGAUGGACUGGAUCGGAGGUACUCCCACAGCUUGUACCAUGACACCGGCACCACCUUUGAACAAGGCUUCCAGGACUCUUAUUCAGCUGCACAGAACCGACAGCCAACAGGACAGGGAAUCUCUGCUACGGACAACUUACAGGUCAACCCAGGGUCCCCUGUGGGGGCUGGCCCUGGGUAUGGGUCUGACCCACGAUUUGGGCUCUACCCACCUUACGGAAAUGUCCCGGCAGAGCCGUACGUCCCGCCUCGCAACGUGGAACCCCAGCCGCCUUUCCGGCCCUUGGAUCCCUACGGGGUACCGAGGCCUGAACCCUACCUGCCCGUGAGGAACCCAGAGGCACCACAAGUGAUACCAGACAACUCGGGUGCUAGCCAGGCCCGGGUCAGCGUGGGCAGCGUUUACCGACCCAGCCAGAACGGACGAGGCCUCCCUGACUUAGUGCCUGAUCCAAACUAUGUCCAAGCUUCCACCUACGUCCAGAGAGCUCACCUCUACUCUCUGCGCUGUGCUGCUGAAGAGAAGUGCCUUGCCAGCACUGCCUACACUGCUGAGGCCACCGACUACGACAUCCGGGUUCUGCUGAGGUUUCCUCAACGGGUGAAGAACCAGGGCACGGCAGAUUUCCUGCCCAACCGGCCACGCCACACCUGGGAAUGGCACAGCUGCCAUCAGCACUACCACAGCAUGGAUGAGUUCAGCCAUUACGAUCUGCUUGAUGCCUCCACAGGGAGGAAGGUGGCAGAAGGACACAAAGCCAGCUUCUGCCUGGAGGACACCACCUGUGACUUUGGGAACCUGAAGCGCUAUGCCUGCACAUCACACACCCAGGGCUUGAGUCCCGGCUGUUAUGACACCUAUAACGCUGACAUUGACUGCCAGUGGAUUGACAUAACAGACGUACAACCUGGCAAUUACAUCUUAAAGGUUCAGGUGAACCCAAAAUACAUAGUACUGGAGUCAGACUUCACCAACAACGUGGUGAGGUGCAACAUUCAUUAUACUGGACGUUUCGUGGCUACUACAAACUGCAAAAUUGCCCAGUCUUGAUCCAAACAGGGCUAGAAGGGUAACACAUGACGCUGACUUCUCCACCCAAAUUCAGCCCUUAAGAUGGCACUUGGAAUGACCUGUUCUGGGACAUGAGACACUGGGCACGUCAGAUGUUUCUCUAAUCCAUCAACUUCUCAAGAUCAAACCCAUUGCUUAAUUUUAAGAAACAUGAGUGAAAUAAGAGUGGUUAUUUUAAAUAUUUUUAUACUUAACUUUCUUUAAUCUUUGGUUUUUAUUCUGUUUCCAAGUGGAGAUUGCUGAUACUUUAGACUGAAUAAAACCAGGGUUGUUACUCUGUCACGCACUGCCAUUGCCUGUAGAUUACACACUAUAUCAAUAGAUAGCUCUAUUGUCUAAACUGUGCCCUUCUGUGUUUUAAUGGUGGAAUCUCUUGUGGCUUUAGAAAUCCUACUCCACCAUCUCAAGGUGAGACUACAGCUAAGGUUUUGGUGUAAUUGGACUUGGGAGUAGUCAGAACGUCUAUUGUCAAGCCCAAGUUGUUCUACUUACAGAUCCCCCACCCCUUUACCAGACAUAGAAGGCUUGAACCUGCUUUCAGUAACUGUAACAUUACUUCCCAGUUACUUUUAGUCUAUUAUUUGUAUUUCUGUAGUAUCUAGGAGCUCUGGUCAUGAACUGGGACCCCAUGAUGCUAGACUCUGUACCAACGCAGGACAAAGAGACGGUCCUGGCUGCCACAAAUAGUUACGAUCUAAAUAAAGUUCUUCAACGUGCAACUCCACUUCAUGUGGAUGGCACAGCUAGUGGAACGACUCCUAACUUACAUUGCUGUAAUUCAGCUCUGAAUCUGGCAGGGAGUUUUAAUAGGAUACUGUCAACCUCACUGAGGCUCAGGAUUUAUAUUUUGUUUAAUGAAAUAAAAAGUGGGGAAGGAUUUACCACCCCUAAAUAAGACUGGAAAGAUGUUUUAUGGUCAUGAUUUAGAACAACUAAUCACAAUAGGUUGUUGCUUUAUCAUUUCUUAAUUCAAGUUCAGCCUUUCCCUGCAGUGUCAUGAACCCAAACACCAGCUGGGCAUGAGUGUUAUGGAAUGAAAAGUGCAAGUGAAUUUGAGCAAUGCCGCAGAUGGGUCUGGUUUCACUGCCCCACAAGCUAAGGGAAAGGUACAGAGGGUGAUGUUCAUCCUCACAGAGAAGACCAAUGCAGAGAGCUUAAGUGGUGAAGAGGCCUUCGGCUUGGCUUUCUGCAGAGGAGUGAAUCGCAUACCAAGUGAAUAUAUGGCAUUAAUGGGGACAAAUACCUUCAGUGUUAAUACUCUAAGGGAUAUUGCAUAAGUACUUGAAGAAAUACUAUUGCAGGGAUAGUAUUAGCUAUACACGUUGUUAUAGUUCUCCAGGCUUCAUAACUGACUAGUGGUUGAAACCCAUCCAAAGCCCUAGAUCCAAACUCCACACCAUUCUUUGUCAACACUGAGGGUAUGGUUCAGCCUGACUAGAUCGACACCUUUCCUACCUGAGGCCUGUGUCUUUGCUCCAUAACAGUAUGGAAUAGCCCGAUGAAAAACGAGAGCUCAAUGACAGGCUUAAAGCUAUUUACAGGUGAUACAGUGCCUCUCUCUUUUGUGAGCUGACAACUGAAAUAAAGUCUUUUUUCCAAUCACUAUAAAGAA